CUUUUGGAUUAAAAAACGCAGUUUAGUUUCGAGUUAAAAGAAAAACCAUAUAAAAUGAAAUUUUUGACUUUGAGUUUAUUUUUGUGCCUCUUAAUUGUUGCACUUGUAUCAGCAGUACCUAUCGAUGAGUCCUUCCCUGGAGAUGUAUACGAUCAGGAGCAGAACAAUCCACAUGAUCCACAAUCAAUUUUCAAACUGAAGAAGCUCAAAAAGUUGCUUUUAGGUUAAAUAUGAGAAACUAAUUUAGCAUUAACAUUAAGUGUUUAUAAUUAUUAAAACAGCAAUUAUUAAUUUGUUUCAAAAUAUUGAAUG